UCGGACGCUCGCAAGCAGCGGGUCGCCGGCACCGGGCAUCGGGACAGACACUGUAGCCUUUGGGCUCCGCGCCCCGGCGAUGGCUGCUCCCGGGUGGCUGCGGCUGUGCCCUCGCCCCCGUGGCCUCCUGCUGCUGCUGCUGCCCGGCCUUCUGUUGCCCCUCUCCGGAGCCUUCAAUCUGGACGUCGAAAGCCCUGCCGAGUACGCCGGCCCUGAGGGAAGUUACUUCGGAUUCGCCGUGGACUUCUUCGCGCCCAGCACGUCCUCCAGGAUGUUUCUCCUGGUGGGAGCGCCGAAAGCAAACACAACGCAGCCUGGGAUCGUGGAAGGAGGGCAGGUUCUCAAAUGUGACUGCUCUUCUAGCCGCCGGUGCCAGCCCAUUGAGUUUGAUUCAAAAGGUAAUCGAGAUUAUGCCAAAGAUGACCCACUGGAGUUUAAGUCCCACCAGUGGUUUGGAGCCUCUGUGAGAUCAAAGCAGGAUAAAAUCUUGGCUUGUGCUCCAUUGUACCACUGGAGGACUGAGAUGAAGCAGGAGAGAGAGCCUGUUGGAACUUGCUUUCUUCAAGAUGGAACAAAGACUGUUGAGUAUGCUCCAUGCAGGUCAAAAAAUAUUGAUGCUGAUGGACAGGGAUUUUGUCAAGGAGGAUUCAGCAUUGAUUUUACUAAAGCUGACAGAGUACUUCUUGGUGGUCCUGGCAGCUUUUAUUGGCAAGGCCAGCUCAUUUCGGAUCAAGUGGCAGAAAUCAUAUCUAAAUAUGACCCCAAUGUCUACAGCAUCAAAUAUAAUAACCAAUUAGCAACUCGGGCUGCACAAGCAAUUUUUGAUGACAGUUAUUUGGGGUACUCUGUGGCUGUGGGAGACUUCAAUGGUGAUGGCAUUGAAGAUUUUGUUUCAGGAGUUCCAAGAGCAGCGAGGACUUUGGGAAUGGUUUAUAUUUAUGAUGGGAAAAACAUGUCCUCUUUACACAAUUUUACUGGUGAACAGAUGGCUGCAUAUUUUGGAUUUUCUGUAGCUGCCACUGACAUUAAUGGGGAUGAUUAUGCAGAUGUGUUUAUUGGAGCACCUCUGUUCAUGGACCGAGGCUCUGACGGGAAACUCCAAGAGGUGGGCCAGGUCUCAGUGUCUCUGCAGAGAGCAUCUGGAGACUUCCAGACUACAAAGCUGAACGGAUUUGAGGUUUUUGCCAGAUUUGGAAGUGCCAUAGCUCCUCUGGGAGACCUGGAUCAGGAUGGUUUCAAUGAUAUUGCAAUCGCCGCUCCAUAUGGAGGUGAAGAUCAAAAGGGACUUGUUUAUGUCUUCAAUGGAAGAUUAACAGGCUUGAAUUCAGUGCCAUCUCAGAUCCUUGAGGGGCAGUGGGCUGCUCAGAGCAUGCCCCCAAGCUUUGGCUAUUCAAUGAAAGGAGCUACAGAUGUAGACAAGAAUGGAUAUCCAGACUUAGUUGUAGGAGCUUUUGGUGUGGAUCGAGCUAUCUUAUACAGAGCCAGACCCGUUGUCACUGUAAAUGCUGGCCUUGAAGUGUACCCUAGCAUUUUAAAUCAAGACAAUAAAAUCUGUCCGUUGCCUGGGACAACUCUCAAAGUUUCCUGUUUUAAUGUCAGGUUCUGCUUAAAGGCGGAUGGCAAAGGAGCUCUUCCGAAGAGGCUCAACUUCCAGGUGGAGCUUCUUUUGGAUAAACUCAAGCAAAAGGGAGCAAUCCGACGAGCACUGUUUCUCCAUAACAGGUCCCCAGGGCACUCCAAGAACAUGACUGUUUUCAAGGGGGGACAGAUGCAGUGCGAGGAGCUGGUCGCCUAUCUCCGGGAUGAAUCUGAAUUUAGAGACAAACUCACUCCCAUCACUAUUUUUAUGGAGUAUCGGUUGGACCAUAGAACGGCUGCUGAAGAAACAGGCUUGAAACCCAUUCUGAACCAGUUCACUCCUGCCAAUGUCAGUCGUCAGGCUCAUAUUCUACUUGACUGUGGGGAAGACAAUGUCUGUAAACCUAAACUGGAAGUUUCUGUAGAUAGUGAUCAAAAGAAGAUCUAUAUUGGGGAUGACAACCCUCUGACACUGACUGUGAAGGCGCAGAAUCAAGGGGAAGGGGCCUAUGAAGCGGAGCUCAUCGUUUCCAUCCCACCGCAGGCUGAUUUCAUCGGGGUUGUCCGAAACAAUGAAGCCUUAGCAAGACUUUCCUGUGCAUUUAAGACAGAAAACCAAACCCGGCAGGUGGUGUGUGACCUUGGAAACCCAAUGAAGGCUGGAACUCAAUUGCUUGCUGGUCUUCGUUUUAGCGUGCACCAGCAAUCAGAAAUGGACACUUCUGUGAAAUUUGACUUGAAAAUCCAAAGCUCAAAUUCUUUUGACAAUGUCAGCCCAGUUGUGUCUUAUAAAGUUGACCUUGCUGUUUUGGCUGCUGUGGAGAUAAGAGGAGUCUCAAGUCCAGAUCACAUCUUUCUUCCAAUUCCAAAUUGGGAGUACAAGGAAAACCCAGAGACUGAAGAAGAUGUUGGGCCUGUUGUUCAGCACAUCUAUGAGCUAAGAAACAAUGGCCCAAGUUCAUUCAGCAAGGCAAUCCUGAAUCUCCAGUGGCCUUACAAGUACAAUAAUAAUACUUUGUUGUAUAUCCUGCAUUACGACAUUGAUGGGCCCAUGAAUUGUACCUCAGAUACAGAGAUCAACCCUUUGAGAAUUAAGGCACCCGAAAAGAAUGACACAGCGACUGGACAAGGAGAACGGCAUCAUCUUGUCACCAAGCGGGAUCUCACCCUUAGCGAGGGAGAUGUUCACACUUUGGGCUGUGGAGUUGCUAAGUGCUUGCAGAUCAUCUGCCAGGUUGGGCGACUGGACCGAGGGAAGAGUGCAAUCCUGUAUGUCAAAUCCCUGUUGUGGACUGAGACAUUUAUGAAUAAGGAGAACCAGAACCACUCUUAUUCCCUGAAGUCAUCAGCUUCAUUUAAUAUCAUAGAGUUCCCUUACAAAAAUCUUCCCAUCGAGGACCUCUUCAACUCCACACUCGUCACCACUAACAUCACCUGGGGCAUUCAGCCCACACCCAUGCCUGUGCCGGUAUGGGUGAUCAUCCUGGCAGUUCUCGCGGGACUCCUGUUACUGGCUGUUUUGGUAUUUGUUAUGUACAGGAUGGGCUUUUUUAAACGUGUCCGACCACCUCAAGAAGAGCAAGAACGAGAACAGCUCCAACCUCAUGAGAAUGGCGAAGGAAACUCUGAAACCUAAUUGGUUUUUAAGCUGCGCCCACCUCCGGAUGCACUAAAUUUACCACUUUGAUGAUAGAUUUAAAUGUCUUUCAUAAAGAACAAAGAUCCCAAGAUGUACUGAUGAGGGUACCCAGUAGCCUCAGUUUAUCCACAAAACUGAAAUGAGUAUUUGUCAACUUCUCCUUAUGAACAGGUUCAAAUUACAUUUACUUCAAAUACACUGACAUGUUUUUUCAGCAUCGAAGUAAUGAAAUUUCAAGUGAUAAAAAUAAUCCUUGUUCGGUGUACAAAGACAGCCCCUGAGUUACCACAUUAUAUAACAUGGUACUUCUUCAGUUACUAUUUCUAAUUUACUAUGUGAGGUUUCUCUCCUCUUCGAUGUUUUGUUAAGGCAACUAGGAUAUUUAAAGCAAUUCCAAUUUAGACUUUAGCGUCAAUGAUUUUGUACAGGUACUUAGAACAUUAGUACACAUUACACUACAGUUGAUUUCGUAAGCUACUGAAGGCUCUGCAGUUGCAUGGACUUAGAUUUUAAUAUUAUUUACAUAGUAGAACUUUAAAAGAAAUCUGAUACCAUCAGAGUACUUUCCUGGGGCUGUAGCCCACUUCAAAGCGUGUGCUUAGCAUGUCAAGUCUCUGGGUCUAAUCCUCAAUUCAGUUUCCUGUAUUAGCAACGGUACAGUAUUUCUAUAUGAAAAUUAGGUUUUUAUUUAUGUUUAGUCUGCAUUGUAUCUUAUUGUAUUUUAACUUUUGUAAUUUAAAAUUUGUAUCAAAUCCUUUAAGCCAUUUUAUGCAGAAAACUCUAUAAUUAAAAAUACCCCUGAAGCAAUAGUUUGAUCUCAGCUAAAUAAUGAUGGUAAUUGAAGCCUUAGGAGUUGGAAGUUGUUUCUGAAGUACAUCUGUUUCAUUUGUCUGGCUGUUUGCAUCAUAUAAGAAGUUGAAAGACUUUAAAAUUACAUUCUUCAGUGGAGCUUUUAAUUGGUGUUAAUUUAUUUUCUCCUGUAUUCAUAUUUUCCUUCUAUUUCCAAAAUCGAGAAUGUGUCAAGACUGACUUUAUAACCUAUAGGAACUUGGAUUUCUCACCCUUAUCCCAUGAGAAAUGCUUGGAAUUAACAUUCCAAAGGUAGCUCAUUCCAUUGCUUCUAGCAUGGGUAUUACCUCAAGUUAAGCAAGACAAUGCAUAAAACCUGCCUCAGCUGUCAGAAUAAAUGCUAAAAAAGGUAUUUUUAUAAGCAGUUCUUGUUACUGAAAACCUUCUAAAUCUUUCUUAUAUUUGUUAACAUAAAACUUCUGGGGCUUUAAUGGAGGCAGCAUAGUUAGCAAGUUACGUCUUAAGUGGCCCUGAUUUAUUCACCGUUCCUCAAGGCCAUGGGAUGACUAUCAAUUAUAGCUAUUUUUGUACAAUUACAUCAUGUUAUGCACUAGAAGUUGAGAAUUUUAAUAGCUUUUUAAACUGCUAUCCUCAUUAAGCAAUGAAAAAUAUUUCUCCUAAAUAAUUGAAUAUUUUUCUACAUUUUAAAAAAUAAUUGAAAUUUGUCUUAUAUCUUCUGGCAAUUCAAUGUGCAAAUGGCUGAGCUAAUUUGGAGAAUUUAUUUUCAUAACACAAAACACAUUUAGGUGAGUUGUACAAGUUAGAAUAUAGGCAGAAUCCUAUAUUUAGCUUUAAUGAACUUUUAAAGUAAUAACUUCUGGGGGUAUACAUCUAUUAAUGGCUUGAAAGAUCAUAAUCAUAUACACAGUAUUUUUUUAACCAAUAAAUUUAAAUGCUUUUAAAAAAAAUGUUUUUAUCUUAGGGCCAAGUGUUACCCACCACCAUGCAGUCACUAAGUUGACCUAAAAACUUUCACCUUUUCUGUCUUCCUACAUAACAGCUGCCAUUCCCGAAAAAUCAAUGAAAUUCAUUCUUUGAUGAUAGGAUCAAUAUUGGUUUUUACAGUUAUUCCUAUUAUGGCUUCUUUGCCAAGGAGAAACUAUCUGUUAGGGAUUGAAUGAUGUUGUAACUGGAAAUUAACAUGAUGUGUAAUUUAAAAUGUAUAAACUUGUAUCUGUGUAAAAUUAGGAACUGUAAUUUCAAAGUCAACUCUGAAAAAAACAUUGAUUAUUUUUAUUCUAUAGCGGCAUAUGAAUAUAUUCUACAGGAUAUCAAAAGGAUUGUUUUAGAUUUAUAUUUGUAAUUUACUGAAAAUUCACAUUCAUUUCCAAAUAUGAAAUUCUCACAAUCUAGUCCAGUUAAAAAAAAUUGAGCAAUCCAGAGGAUAUUUGGCACACAUGAGAAAUAUUGGCACUUACACUGAUUUCUUAAAGAGGUAUUCAUUUUAGACUUGAUACUUCAAAACACCAGUGUCAGGGUCACUUCCCCUCCUUAUGUUUAAUUAUCACCAUAAUUAUGACUAUAAAAGGUGAAACAGUCAAAGUGUUGUUGUCUUAAUUCUACCUGAAUUAUUAAAUUACUGAUUAGUUAAUCCUCAUGAAUACAACAUUAUUUAUAUAAUGAGGAAAUUCACUAAUAGUAGAAAGAGUUUUGCUGUUGCUUUAAGACAUCAGUGAGGGUUUUAUAGUGAGCCUAACCCCAAGGAGGGAUCUCUGUGGCAAAGUGUAGAUAGAACAGCUGGUUCUUGUAGGGCAAUAGAGUGCUGAGCUGCAUCUAUUCCCAUGUGACAGAAUGUUGUGAAGAGCCUCAUGGAGGAGAAGAGUUAGUUGUUCUAGAAUACCUGUGUGGCCAUUGCCUAUGUGAAUGUCACCUUGGUUUUACUCAUGGGUGGCUGGUACGUUUAAUUUGGUGAGUAAGGGGAAAAGAUGAACAAAAUUGUAUUAUGGGAUCCACAGAGGCAAAUAAAAUUGCUUAAUGUUUAGUGGUUUGUAAAAGGUUUCUUUGAACUUGUGGUUCCUUUCCUUUGAACCGUGAACCUGUGGCUGUAUCGUCUGCAGUAUACACUGGCAUUCAUUUAAUUCCUGAUACAUCACACUUUCUCUGAGAGGUACUGCAUCUUCGAUUUUUGUUGUCAUUGUUCUCAAGUGCAAUAUAACAAUGUAAUGAAACAUAUGUCAUUAUUAAUUUAGUAAGCCUAAUCUGAAUAGACAUUUAUUAGUGUUUUGUUUUUUUGUUAGCAGAAAAGAGCAAUUCUGCUGUAGCUGUAGGUGAAGUUGUUUUACUUCUAAUGAACUAUAGAAGUGAUCCCUGAAAGUAUAGUCUUUGUUGUUUUACUUCUAAAACAUCCAUUCUGCAUUUUAUUUUAGGUGGAAAGUGAACUGUUCCUUGUGUUUUACAACACUUUCAGCAUCUUGAGGUAACUUGGAAGCUGUUUGUAUCAAAUUAUUUUGCUCUUUGAGUAACAUGGAAGGUAAUUUUCUUUGGCUUCUCGUGGUCGCCCACAUUGGGUGAGACAUAAAAUGAGUCUGUUCUGAAAUCUGUCAUUUGCUAACUUGGUUUGAGUUAGUAAAAGCAGGUACCAUGUUCUGCUUUGUUUCCAGUGUGUAACUUGUGGCUGUACAAUAAACUUGAACAUGUGGUGCCA